AAAGAGAAAAAAGAAAAUCAGAGCCUGUAUUUAUGCCAUCCUUAUUUAAGAAAACAAUAAAAAAGAAGUUGGAAAAAUAACGGCAAGCUACUUUCUACAUGAUUUUCUCAACAAAUCAAAUCGGAUAAAUUCAAAUAACAGAACUGCACUUGUUUAGGGCGAAAAUCUUUUUGAGAGCUGAACGUUGAGAUUUUUGGUUUGGUUUUUGAAAUUUUCUGAUGAAACAAGAAUACAGCAAAAACCAGUAAAAAAAAAACCCUACAGAAAGGUCUCUAGCUAUACUGGUAUUUGUAAGAUCAGAACUUCCAGCAACAACUACUCCUACCUUUGUCACGCAAAGCAACUCUAAUUACGAGUGUCACCAGAUGGCCAGUAGAGAUGUAUCAUCUUGGUUGUCCAAGUCUCCAUCCCCAUCAGAAGUUCAGCUCCAUGUACAUGGCAUGCCUUUCAGUGUAGACAAAGAUCUUCUGUCAGCAAGAUCAGCCAAAAUAGCUGCCCUGCUCAAAGAAAACCCCCCAGAAAAGCUGGCUUUUCUUCUCCGAGAUAUUCCUGCUGAUCCAGAAACCUUUGAACUUGUUGCUAGAUUCUGCCAUGGGUAUGAACUGAUUUUGUCCACAGAGAAUGUAAUACCACUCAUUUCUCUUGCUUACUACUUGGAGAUGACUGAAAGUCACAGCGACAAUAAUCUGCUGGACAAGACUCUUGCUUUUUUUGAAGAUAAAGUCCUUCCUAGCUGGAAUGAAACCAUCAAGGCUCUUCGGUCCGCGAGCAGUAUCAUUCAACAAGUACUGCAUUCAGGUUUGGUUGAUGCAUGUUUAGAAUCACUCAUUUACAAAGCAUUGGCCGAUCCCCGGCUUCUUGGAGAACCAAUCAAGAAUUCAACAUGCAAUGAGGAUAGUGAGGAUGAGGAGGUCUUUAAACCAAAUGCGAGACGAAAACUUUUUUCUCCUGAUUGGAAAUCAGAGGAUUUGACUACACUGUCCCUCCAGUUAUAUAAUCCCCUCAUACAAGCAAUGAAUCAGCAUGGAGUCCCACCAGAAUAUGUGGCAGCAUCUCUUUGUCAAUAUGUAAAGAAGUGGGCCAAUUCAGGAGAGAAUGAGACAAUUUACAAGAGGGGAGUGAUUGAAGCAGUGGAAAGGCUUCUGCCUCCUGAAAAAGGAAUUCUUCCUUGCACGUUGUUGUUUGAAAUGCUCAGGCUUGCGAUUUGUCUGGAAUGCAGCAAUGAUUGUAGAAGUGGUUUUGAGAUUAGGAUCGGGAAGCAAUUAGACCAGGCAGAAGUGAAAGACCUCUUAAUACCGUCUCAAGGUUAUUCCAAGGAAAUCCAAUAUGAUAUUGAGUGUGUGAGGAGGAUUUUGAAACAUUUCUAUGCCAACUACAGCAGCACUGAUGUUUCUGGUAUAAUCUCGGUGGCAGAACUCAUUGAAGAAUUUUUGAUGGAGGUUGCGAGUGACAUAGAUUUGAGGAUAGACACGUUUGUUUCUUUAGCUGAGAUGUCAUUGGCAGCAUCAUUAGGAACACAGAGAAAUUCCGAUGGAAUAUACAGGGCCAUCAACAUUUACCUGGACAAGCAUAGAUAUUUGACAGAGCUGGAAAGAGAGGAGGUAUGUAGGGUGUUAGAUUGCCAAAAAAUGUCACCUGAAGCCUGUGAACAUGCAGCGAAGAACGAAAGGUUGCCAGUUAGGUUUGUGGUGCAGGUGUUGUUUGUGGCGCAGUUGCAGUUGCGAGACACAAUCACAAAGGAGGUGCAGGUUUUUGAUGAUAAAUUGAGAAGAGAGGUGGUGGAGGAUGAGGAGAAUGAAGUGAAGAUGGGUUUUGACGAGGAAGAGGUGAGGGUUGAAAUGGAGAAAAUGAGCAUCAAAGUGAUGGAGCUCGAGAGAGAGUGCUGCAUAAUGAGGAAAGAAAUAGAACAUGGUUGCACCCAUCAGAAAUCAAAAAAGGGCAAAGUUAGCAUGUGGAGAGAAAUGAAGAGAAAAUUGGGGUGUGUGAGUAGCACUCAUGAUUGUAACUGCCAAGUCAAGAAGAAGAAGAAGAAAUACUGAGUUUCAGGCUUGGAUUUGAAACUGGUAUGGCUUCUCUCAACAGUUUGCUUCUUCUAGGGAACUGUUUAUGGCUACUGUGAUGCAAUAUGUGCUGGAAAUGGAAAGGCCUAUAUAUCUGUUUGUUUUAAUCUGCAGUCUUGUGAUUCCUGUAGUUCAGAUUGCCUUGAUUAUUUUUAUUUUUGUAUGCUGGAUUUGUUAAACUCACAACCCUUGCUUUAUUUUGCUUAUCAAAAAAACAAAAAGUGCAGCCUUUACAAUC